UUUAAAGGUUUCCAGUACUGUCCCCUUAAAACUCGAAAAAAUAAACGCGCGAUUUUAUCGUUAACAUGACGUGUGUCACGUCACGCCUGAUAGCUUUCAUACAUUACACGAAAGUGCUGUCCUUCAAAUCCGUUUCCCUGUAGUACACUCCCAUCGUUGUGAAAUUAUGAUACCGCCAUUAUUAACACGCCAUAUACCUAAAUCGUAGGCGCGUGCAGGCCGCAGGCCGCAGGUCGCACAUGGCUUAUGGCUUGGAUGGCAGCACAAACUUCAGUUUUGGACGGGGCAGAGUAGGAGGCCGGAGACUUCGUCCACCACCACCACGGACAAAACGGCUGGUAGGGCGUCUUUAAAAGUUGCCUUCAUGAGUUCCGCUUUACUUCAAUGGCAUUCGGCGUGAUCCAAGCCAAGAUGCCAUUCCUGCUUGUGGUCCUUCUCGCACUCUUGCGCCAGAAAAUAACCGACGGUAAAAAUAUCAACUCUUUCGCGGGGCCUUUCUCACUUUACGCCGAACGCUAUUACAUGUGUGAACUAAAUCGCUCGCUUCCGUGGGAAUGGUUUAUCCAUGCUUCUCGCUUCAACCCGUAUAAACCAAGAGAAAAUCAAAAACUAACCGGCAACUUCACGGCUAGGAAUUUGCCAGCUGAUGACAGUUGGUGGGGGACAAUAAUAUUGGAUCUUUGGGCAAAUAACCAAUGGAAGGAAAACGCUUUUGUUUUUACUAAGAAAAACGAUGCAUGCACGGCUAUAAAAGUUAAUAUCCCCGGCUUUUACGAACUAUUUAAUAAGAAGAGAGAAACUAAAGGCCGUUGCAUAAUCAAACAAGUAAGCACCUAUACUGCAGGUUUGCUCUCCUCACAAGCUAUUGUUUUCUAGUGUUUGUUUUUUA